AUGCAUCUACCUUCGCUUCUUUCGCUUGCCACACUGUUGGUUGCGAGCUUGAAUGGAGCGCAAGCUAAGGCACACACCGCCAAGGUUUACAAGAAUAAAAUUGAUACGGACGAAGGGGAGUUUUUAGUGUUGAAAAGUGCUGGACAACUGGGACAAAAGUAUUUGAAGCAGUUUGCAAAUGCUUAUCCUGAGGCCGGAAUAAGCGCAGCUGAUGUACAAACGCAUUUUGACCAGCAGUACAUGAUAAGCGAAGCUUGGGCCAUUUUGGGCAGUCAUGACGUUCCCCUAUCGAAUUAUUUGAACGCACAGUAUUUCACGGAUAUAACGCUUGGAACGCCUCCUCAAAGCUUCAAAGUCAUUUUGGACACCGGUUCAUCCAACUUGUGGGUUCCAGGUGCUGAAUGUGGCUCGCUAGCUUGUUUCUUGCACUCCAAAUACGACCAUGAGUCCUCGUCGUCGUACAAAGCUAACGGCACCGAGUUUGCCAUCCAAUAUGGUACGGGGUCCCUAGAAGGUUACAUCUCUCAAGACACUUUGAGUAUUGGGGACUUAACUAUCCCCAAACAGGAUUUCGCUGAAGCCACCUCGGAACCUGGUUUGACUUUUGCUUUCGGAAAGUUUGACGGUAUCUUGGGUCUCGGCUAUGACACCAUCUCCGUCAAGAAAGUGGUUCCUCCUAUUUACAAGGCAAUUGAACAGAAAUUGCUAGACGAACCAAGAUUCGCGUUUUACCUCAACGACGCCGAUGGCGCUGAGGACUCUGUGGGUGAAGUUUCGUUUGGUGGUAUCGACAAGUCCAAGUACAAGGGCGACAUCACUUGGCUACCUGUUCGUCGUAAGGCGUACUGGGAAGUCAAGUUCGAUGGUAUUGGACUAGGCGACGAGUACGCCGAGUUGCAAAACACCGGUGCUGCCAUUGACACAGGUACUUCGUUGAUCGCCUUGCCUUCCGGUCUUGCAGAAGUUUUGAACUCGGAAAUUGGCGCCAAGAAGGGCUGGACCGGCCAAUACACCGUCGACUGUGACUCAAGAGACCAAUUGCCGGACUUGACCUUCACUUUCAACGGCCACAACUUUACCAUUUCAGCCUACGACUACACUCUGGAAGUGUCGGGAUCUUGUAUUUCAGCGUUCACUCCAAUGGAUUUCCCAGAGCCUGUGGGACCUUUGGCCAUCAUUGGUGAUGCCUUCUUGCGUAAGUUCUACUCGGUGUACGACUUGGGCAACAAUGCUGUUGGUUUGGCCCAAGCUGUUUAG